GGGAUGCUGCUGUGCCGUGAUUGGCUGGCAGCUCAGAGGGGGCGUGCAUCCUCAGCGAUUGAGAAAUCCUAUAAAUAGAGCGUACAGGCUCACCAGCCUCAGAAGCACCUGUCUGCUGUGUUCAGAGCGCAUCAUUCCAGCUCCAGCUUCUCAAUGGAUCUCCGCAAGAUCUGAGACAACCAGCACUCAUCUUAUCUCAUCUUAUCUCGUCUUAUCUUGUCUUAUCUUGUCUCUUAUCUUCAGAUCUGUCUUCAGAAAGACUUCAAAGACUGAAAGACGUUAAGAAUUCCAGACGACAGGUUGCCAAAACCUCAAGAUUUAACUAAAGGCGCAAGACUUUCUCAGCAUCUUCUGAAACAACAAGAGACGUCAUCCGGUAGAAACAGUAGGAACCGUAGGAACAUUAGGAACAUGUCGCUGGACGUCAAAGAAGAGAAGACAGAGAUACGCCUGGUCUUCAUGGGAGCGGCCGGCGUCGGGAAGACAGCCCUGAUCCAGCGCUUCCUCCAGGACAGCUUCGAACCCAAGCACCGCCGCACCGUCGAGGAGCUCCACAGCAAAGAGUACGAGGUUGGCGGCGUCAAGGUGACCAUCAACAUCAUGGACACCAGCGGCAGCUACUCCUUCCCCGCCAUGCGCAAACUGUCCAUCCAGAAUGGGGACGCCUUCGCCCUGGUCUACUCCGUGGACGACCCCGAGUCGCUGGACGCCGUCAAGAGCCUGCGAGAGGAGAUCCUGGAGGUCAAGGAGGACAAGUUCACCCCCAUCGUGGUGGUGGGCAACAAGACGGACCGGCUGGGCGAGCGGCGGGUGUCGGCCGACGACGUCCUCGCCACUGUGGAGCUGGACUGGAACAACUGCUUCCUGGAAGCUUCCGCCAAAGAGAACAACAACGUCCUGGAAGUGUUUAGAGAACUUCUUCAGCAAGCCAACCUGCCCAGCCGCCUGAGUCCUGCCCUGUGCCGCCGCAGAGAGACAUUCCCCAAGAACGUGGGGACGAGACCGCCCAUGAACAAGACCAACAGCUGCACCGUGUCCUGAAGCCGGCGGGGGACGAAAGAACGAGAACGAGGGGCAAAAGAAUGGGAGCGAAGGCGAGGUAAAGAAAGAAUAAGAGGAUGGAAAAGAGAGGUUCAACGUCUUUAAAAAAAGCAACAUUGGGGGGACAUUGGGACGCUUGGGACAAAUUCUGCAAAUUCUGCAAGUUCUUUCAUCAACAUUUUCUGAACCCUGAGAACCUUCUGAACUUUCUUUAAUAAGCAUCACUGUCACAACUCAUGAUCCCAGUAUUAAAAGCGUAAACGCUUUAAAAAAAUGAAAAUGGACAAUAAAGACAGCGACUCAUGAAGACGAGGGACACUGAAGACGAGGGACACUGAAGACGAGGGACACUGAAGACAAGGGACUCUAAAGACUGCUUGAAUAGAGGAAAGAAAGUUCUGAUGCAAGAUACCUGUAAAGAUUCAGAACGAUGCAACUCGAUGCAAAAGUAGAAAAAGAAUUGGGACUGUUUUUAAGUUGAACUGAAUUUAGUUUAGCUUUUAAAAAAUUGGGUUUAACUUCCUUUAUGUAAUGCAUUCUUUUAUUGGAAACUCCAUUUUUUUGUUUGUAUUGAGAAGCAGAUGAGCAGAGGAGCAGGUCAGUAGAAGCAGUAGAUUUUAAAACAUUUAAAACUCAAAUAUACUCAAAUAUAUGUAGCAUCAUAUCAACAGGACAAUAAUAAGCAUAAUUUUGUUAAACCAAUUAUAAAACAGUAUAAAACCUCAAAAAUAAUUUAGUAUAUGAGUUAUUGUUAUUAUACAAGCAUUCAGCCAAUCACUGUAGGGUAUAAUGCUAUAAUGUAUGCCAUAUAAUACAUAUAAAUACAGGAUUUAUAGGACUUUAUAGUGUUUCCCAAAUUUGUUCUAUUUUCUGUUUUUCUCCUCGUUGUUUAUUACGUUUAUUGAGUUCUGAGUCGUGGUUUUUACUUUAAAACUGACCUCAUAUUUCCAAUCCACGCUUGUAAUCACGCACAUGGAUGAUUUAUAUUUGAAACACAUCAAAUAUGUUGCACAUUUUGUUGUUUUUGUUACUCUAUCAAAUCAAUGAAUAAAUAUUCAAGUGUUCAAACAUUUCUGAAUGUGGAAUAAUAUAUAUUUACAUUGUACAUUCUAAAAUAUUUGAAUACUUUCAAAAAAUAACAAUGUAUUAACUAUUUCUCUCUUUUAUUUUACAUUUUUUACAUUAAAAAAUGUAAUGUGCUUUAUUUAGACUUAUUUAACCCUUUAACAGGUAUUUGUCUGUAUACAGGAUACAGCAGUAUAAAACCUCAAACAUACUUAAAUAUAUUUAAGUCAUUAUUAUACAAGCAUUCAGCCAAUCACUGUAUUACUGGGUAUAAUGCUAUAAUAUAUUCCAUAUAAUACAUAUAAAUACAAAUGUAUAGGAAGUGUUUCCCAAAUUUGUUUUAUUUUCUGUUUUUCUCCUCGUUGUUUAUUACGUUUAUUGAGUUCUAAUUCGUGGUUUUUACUUUAAAACUGAACUCAUAUUUCCAAUCUACGCUUGUAAUCACGCACAUGGAUGUUUUAUAUUUGAAACACAUCAAAUAUGUUGCACAUUUUGUUGUUUUUGUUACUCUAUCAAAUCAAUGAAUAAAUAUUCAAGUGUUCAAACAUUUCUGAAUGUGGAAUAAUAUAUAUUUACAUCCUUCCAAUGAACAACCAUGUAUUAUUCUUUAAUCCCUUUUAUUAAAUUUUUUUUACAUAAAAAAUAAAUAUACUUUAUUUAGACUUAUUUAACCCUUUAAUGGGUAUUUUCCUGUAAACAGGAUACAGGUUUUCUCUUUAUAAAAAUGCUCUAAUAAACUAAUAAACUAUAUUAUAAAGCAGUAUAAAACCUCAAACAUACUUAAAUAUAUUUAAGUCAUUAUUAUACAAGCAUUCAGCCAAUCACUGUAUUACUGGGUAUAAUGCUAUAAUAUAUUCCAUAUAAUACAUAUAAAUACAGAUUUAUAGGAAGUGUUUCCCAAAUUUGUUCUAUUUUCUGUUUUUCUCCUCGUAGUUUAUUGGGUUUAUUGAGUUCGGAGCCUUUUUUUUUUUUUUUUUUAACUUUAAAACUGACCUGUGAUCAGGCGCAUGGAUUUUUUUUGUAUAUUUAAAACACAUCGAAUAUGUUGCACAUUUCUUAUGUUUUUGUUACUCUUUUAACAAAUCAAUCAAUAAAUAUUAAAGUGUUUAAACAUUA